AUGGCAGCACGCGGCUCAGCACGUAACUCACGUUUAAAUAAAAAACCAAAGAAAACCAAAUUACGUGGUAAUGUCUCACAUGGCCAUGGUCGUGUUGGAAAACACCGAAAGCAUCCAGGUGGUCGUGGUAAUGCUGGUGGUCUUCAUCAUCAUCGUACACUUUUCGACAAAUAUCACCCGGGCUACUUUGGUAAAGUUGGUCAACGUGAAUUUCAUAAACUUAAAAAUCGUCGAUGGUGUCCAUCCAUUAAUCUUGAUCGUGUAUGGUCAUUAUUAAGUCAACGUGCACAAGAAAAAUGCACCGAAGGAGAAUCAACCGUUGCUCCAGUUAUCAAUGUUGUACGAUCCGGAUAUUUUAAGGUGUUAGGCAAAGGUGUUUUACCUAAACAACCACUUAUUGUUAAGGCUAAAUUUUUCUCAAGACGAGCUGAAGAAAAAAUAAAAGCUGCCGGCGGUGCGUGUGUAUUAUUGGCAUGA